GUCGGCCGAGCUCCACGGCGCUCAUCCCGCCCGCUCCCUGUGCAGGAGUCCUCGUACUCGUUUGCACUGAAAUGCCUUAUCAGCCUCUCCACCGUCAUCCUGCUGGGGCUCAUCGUCAUGUACCACGCCAGGGAGAUCCAGCUCUUCAUGGUGGACAACGGGGCGGACGACUGGCGCAUCGCCAUGACCUACGAGCGCAUCUUCUUCAUCGCUCUGGAGCUGCUGGUCUGCGCCAUCCAUCCCAUCCCCGGGCAGUAUCUGUUCACCUGGACGGCACGUUUGGCUUUUACCUACGCCGCUUCCGUGGCCGACGCCGACGUGGACAUCAUCCUGUCCAUCCCCAUGUUCCUUCGGCUCUACCUGAUCGGGCGCGUCAUGCUGCUGCACAGCAAGCUCUUCACCGACGCCUCGUCGCGCAGCAUCGGAGCCCUCAACAAGAUCAACUUCAACACCCGCUUUGUCAUGAAGACCCUCAUGACCAUCUGCCCCGGCACCGUGCUGUUGGUCUUCAGCAUCUCCUCCUGGAUCAUCGCCGCCUGGACCGUCCGUGUCUGCGAGAGGUGGGCGCGGGGCGGGGGGCUCAAUGGGGAUG